UACCAGAAGGGGACGAAGUUGCUAAACUCCCGUGUAGGAGGGAGCUACUCUGCAAAGCCUGCUGAAAGAGGAACCAAACUAAACAAAACAUAAAAUAACUUAAAAAAUAGAAAACGAAGCAAGCCGUAAACGCCAAUCCUCCGAAAUCUACACGUACUGGAAUACUUUUUUUGUAACGUUGCUAAUAUAUUCUAUGUGAAGAAAGUAUACUUUUUUUCUAUUUGCACUAACGGUACUUCAGAGCUACUGAGAAUCUAUUUUUUACAAAAAAAGUAAGAAAAAUAUAUAUCACACCCUGAGGAAGGACACCACCACAUACAAAGCCAGCUCUUUUAAAUUUGAACCAGUUUCAUCCAAGUCCUGGUUGCUUUCUCCAUCCUGCCUGGAGCACGUCUGUGUUGCCAAACACGGAUAAACCGAGCAGAGCCAGUGGACACAUUCAAGGUCACACACAGCUAAUCUUCACGCACCUGGUACACUUCAGCAGUUCACUAUGCAGCUUGAAAUCCAAGUAGCUCUCAACUUCAUCAUCUCAUACCUGUACAACAAGCUGCCAAGGCGGCGGGUGAAUAUUUUUGGUGAGGAACUGGAGCGGCAGCUGAAGCAGAAAUAUGAAGGACACUGGUAUCCAGACAAGCCAUACAAGGGUUCAGGAUUCAGAUGCAUCCAUGUGGGGGAGAAGGUGGACCCUGUCGUGGAGAAGGCUGCCAAAGAGAGUGGGCUGGACAUCGAGGAUGUUCGCAAUAACCUGCCCCAGGAUCUCAGCGUGUGGAUUGACCCCUAUGAGGUGUCCUACCAGAUUGGCGAGAAGGGGCCAGUCAAGGUGCUGUAUGUUGAUGACAGCAAUGAAAGUGGAUCCGGCAAUGGAGGGCUCGAUUUGGACAAGGAGAUCAAGAACAGUUUCAACCCAGAUGCGCAGGUCUUCAUGCCCAUCAGUGAGCCUGUGAACGGCGCCUCUCCAGGUUCCAGCUCUCCCUCUCCUCCUUUUGGCCACUCGGCAGCGGUCAGCCCCACCUUCAUGCCCCGCUCCACACAGCCUUUAACCUUCACAACAGCCACCUUCGCUGCCACCAAGUUUGGCUCCACUAAGAUGAAGAGCAGUGGACGCAACAACAGUACCGGCGGCGGUGCUGGGAACAAAGUGGCACGUACCUCUCCCACCAACCUGGGCCUGAAUGUGAACAGUCUCCUGAAACAGAAAGCCAUCUCCACCUCCAUGCACUCGCUCUAUGGGUUGGGACUCGGUGCCCAGCAGCAACACCAGAAGCCCUCGGCUCUGUCCCCCAAUGCCAAGGAGUUUGUGUUCCCCAGCCUGCAGGGCCAGGGCAGUCAGAGUGCUCUGUUCCCCGGGGACAGCUCGCUCAACCUCAGCCCGCUGCAGUACAGCAAUGCCUUUGAUGUGUUUGCGGCCUACGGUGGCCUUAACGACAAGUCCCUCAUGGAUGGCUUGAAUUUCAGCUUAAGCAACAUGCAGUAUUCUAACCAGCAAUUCCAGCCAGUUAUGGCCAACUAGUACAUGUAAAGGUACUACUUAAGCUACUACUUCAUACAGAAACGACCAGAGAUAAUGUGAUGGGGGGAGGGGGAAAACAUAAAUGCACAUUUUGAAAAAUGGAAAAAAAAAAAAAAGUAAACAAACAGAAUGUCAAGUUAAAAAGAAAAAGUGACUUGUAACCUGUAAGAUCUAAGUUUCAAGUCUAAGAGCAUGAGCCCGAGGGUGAAUUACUUUGCCCCCUUGAGUUGUAUUUUUUAUUUUAUUUUAUUAUUUUUUUUUUACCCUCAAACAAUGAAGCUUGUAGUACAAGAUGUCCAAGCUUGGUUACCUAAACUUCAGAAUGCAUAAUUUUUUCUUUUGCCAACCAAGCACAAACUAUUUUUUUUAUGUGACUGUUUUAAGAUAUAAACAAGACAAAAAAAAGAAGAAAAAAACAAACAAAACACCACCACAAGUCAUGGCCUCUUUCAGUAUUUAAACCUAACUGGACACCGCCAGUUUUUCAAGAAAUUGGCAUAAGUGGGAUUUCUGGUCUUUUUCUAAUUGUAUAAUUUAAUUUAGUACAAAGUUUGUAAAAUAUCAGAGUAUCUAUUGUUUCUACGACAUGGUAUUGCAUUUAUAUCUUUUUACUACUCCAGUGAUCUGUGAUGGCUGCAGCAACUUUUGUUUUCUUUUUUUUUUAUUGAAAUUAUAAAAAUGAAUCCAUCUUUAAAAAAAAAAAAAAAAAAAACAAACAAAAAAAAAAACAUUGACUAUCCUAAAGAUUGUGUACAGAAUAUUCCGUAGUGGUGGAAUUUAAGAAUAUUUGCUUUUUUGAAAAACAUAAGAGUUGUAUUUUCUGUUAAGAGUUUAAAGAUUUUUGCUAUAUUAUGGACAAAAUGUAAUCGUAUAUUAAUUUUGUACCUACAUUGUGCAAUACUUGAUAAAAACAAACGGUAUAACAAAGUAUUCGGAGUCAGUGUCUUACAUGUUAAGAGGGACUGAUAGUUUAUUAAGUUUGUAUUAAAAAGCUUGAAAAUAA